AUGUUUACAAUUGAACAAAUUGAACUCAUUCGCCGAUUACGCAACAGCGGCAUUACCAAGGAACAAGUAGUUGAGGCUUUUGAACGCUUCGACCGGAUUGACCAAGAACUCGGACAUCUGUACACCGUUCCCUCCAGUAGUGCUUCCCCAACUGUCAACCAACAAUCUUCUCUACAGGCGCCAUCUAUUCCAUCGGCGUCAGUUGGUCAACCCCCCCUUGCACAUUCAUCAAACAGUGCUAGCCAUGGCCACUCCAUGCUGCUUUCUCGAUCCAAUGGCCAGUACCCACUCUAUUCCGGCUCACGGCCUUCAUUCUCAUCAUCCUCACCUCAGUCAGACAAUGGACAGUCAGACCUCAAACCUCCGAGCAACAAGCGCCCUCGUGAGGAGAGUACUGAAACUAACCAUGAAGAGUCAAUGCAGGAAAUCUUCUUAUCUGUUUAUAUGAUAUCUCUCUCUUUUUCAUUACCCAUUUUUCAUGUCUCUCUCUUUUUCAUUACCCAUUUUUCAUGUCUCUCUCUUUUUCAUUACCCAUUUUUCAUGUCUCUCUCUUUUUCAUUACCCAUUUUUCAUGUCUUUCACAUUGCCUGUUUUUGUGUGUGUCUCUCUCUCAUAUGA